AUGGAUAUUACCAUUCAGCAUCCCUGGUUCAAACGGGCUCUUGGACCUUUAAUUCCAAGCCGCUUUUUUGACCAUUUUUUUGGAGAUGGUUUUUUUGAAUAUGAUCUCCUGCCUUUGUUUUCUUCUACCAUCAGCCCAUACUACAGGCAAUCUUUCUUCCGUACUUUGCUGGACUCAGGUGUUUCUGAGGUGAGAUCUGACCGAGACAAGUUUCUUGUCUUUUUGGAUGUAAAGCAUUUCUCCCCUGAAGAUUUGAGUGUGAAAGUCAUCGAGGACUUUGUGGAAAUUCAUGGCAAACAUAAUGAAAGACAGGAUGACCAUGGAUACAUUUCCCGUGAAUUCCAUCGUCGAUACCGUCUUCCUUCCACUGUUGACCAAUCAGCCAUCACUUGCUCUCUGUCUACCGAUGGCAUGCUAACCUUCUCUGCCCCCAAGGUUCAGUCUGCCACAGAGCCCGGCCAUAGCGAGAGACCCAUCCCUGUAUCCCGUGAAGAGAAGCCGACUUCAGCUCAGUCUUCUUAG